GCUGUACAAAUAGUGAACACAUUGCUCGCAGUCAGUCUCUUCAAACCCUAGCCAGUAUUUCUCGAAGCCCUCACCAAUGGCUUCGCGCAGACUCUUAUCUUCGCUUCUCCGAUCGUCCGUCCGCCGAUCUCCCUCUAAAUCUUGUUUGUCAAAUCCUAGAAUUUCCACGUCUCCCUCCACACGCGGGGCAUCUCCCUAUGGCUACAUCCUUAACCGCGUUGCGGAGUACGCCACCUCCGCUGCGGCAGCGGCUCCAUCUUCUCCGCCGACACCGAAGGGCGAUGCCAGCAAAAAGGGAAAAAUUGUUGAUGAGUUCACUGGAAAGGGUGCGAUCGGUCAGGUGUGCCAGGUCAUCGGUGCUGUGGUCGAUGUGCGAUUCGAAGAGGGACUGCCUCCAAUUCUAACGGCUCUUGAGGUGCUUGACAACCCGAUCCGGUUGGUGCUUGAGGUGGCGCAGCAUUUGGGAGAGAGUAUGGUUAGAACUAUUGCCAUGGACGGAACGGAAGGGCUUGUCAGAGGACAGCGCGUGCUUAAUACUGGUUCUCCUAUUACUGUUCCUGUGGGUAGGGCUACCCUGGGCCGUAUCAUGAAUGUGAUUGGAGAGCCAAUCGAUGAGAAAGGCGAUAUCAAAACUGAGCAUUUCCUGCCCAUACACAGAGAAGCUCCAGCAUUCGUUGAACAGGCUACUGAACAACAGAUUCUUGUGACUGGUAUCAAGGUUGUUGAUCUUCUUGCACCAUACCAGAGAGGUGGAAAGAUUGGGUUGUUUGGUGGUGCUGGUGUGGGAAAGACCGUGUUGAUUAUGGAACUUAUUAACAAUGUUGCAAAAGCUCAUGGUGGUUUCUCAGUGUUUGCUGGCGUCGGGGAACGAACAAGAGAGGGUAAUGAUUUGUAUAGGGAAAUGAUUGAGAGCGGUGUCAUUAAACUUGGUGAUAAGCAGGCUGAUAGCAAGUGUGCCCUUGUCUAUGGUCAAAUGAAUGAGCCUCCAGGUGCUCGUGCUCGUGUUGGUCUUACUGGAUUGACUGUGGCUGAACACUUCCGUGAUGCUGAAGGACAAGAUGUGCUUCUCUUUAUUGACAACAUUUUCCGCUUCACCCAAGCUAACUCUGAAGUGUCUGCUUUGCUUGGACGUAUUCCAUCUGCCGUCGGUUAUCAACCAACUUUGGCCACAGAUCUUGGAGGUCUUCAGGAGCGUAUUACUACCACCAAGAAAGGUUCCAUCACUUCUGUCCAGGCCAUUUAUGUACCUGCUGAUGAUUUGACAGAUCCAGCCCCUGCUACCACCUUUGCUCACUUGGAUGCCACAACUGUGUUGUCACGACAGAUUUCUGAACUUGGUAUUUAUCCUGCUGUGGAUCCGCUUGACUCUACAUCUCGUAUGCUCUCUCCUCAUAUUUUGGGUGAGGAACACUACAAUACUGCUCGUGGGGUGCAGAAAGUCCUUCAAAAUUACAAGAAUCUGCAAGAUAUCAUUGCCAUUUUGGGAAUGGAUGAGCUCAGUGAAGAUGACAAGUUGACUGUUGCCCGUGCUCGCAAGAUUCAAAGAUUCUUGAGCCAGCCUUUCCAUGUUGCAGAAGUUUUCACUGGUGCUCCUGGCAAGUAUGUUGACUUAAAAGAAAGCAUUGGCAGCUUCCAGGGAGUGUUGGAUGGAAAGUAUGAUGAUCUUUCAGAACAGUCUUUUUACAUGGUUGGAGGCAUUGAUGAGGUUAUUGCCAAGGCUGAGAAGAUCGCUAAAGAAUCUGCUGCCUAAUCUAAUGUCUGACCUCUACCUUCUCUCCUUUUCCCGGUUCCCGACGAUUGCGAAAAUCAAUAAUUUAAGUGGUGUUUGCAAUGCCAUCAACAGGAUGUUCAUUUUUUGGUAUUCACUGUAUCAGGAUUUUUUUUUGGUUUCUGUUUAAAUGUUUAUUGCAGAGUGAGAGAGAGGAGUAGAACUGGGACCUCUGUUGCCAACCCUUUUUCCUUGUGAUUUAAUAAGUUGAGAAAAAAGGAAGACAGAUGUAUAUUUUCACCUUGUUUUUGGAUACAUCAGGUGCUACAGUUAGCCCUUGAGUCAAUUGCCAACUUUGUUUUA